GCUCGAAUCAGUUUCGACUGGACCGCAUCGCGGAGUGGUUCUCAAUUUUCUCCAGCACCAGCCCGUGGCACUGCCGUUGUUCUCGCAGUAGAAAAAUCGGCUCCACAGCCACCUACCUAGCUUGUUAAAGUUUUGGAAGUUAGCUCACACGUAAGAUUCGUGUGAUGAUCUCCAUUGCGGCGACAUAACUCAUCCGGUCUGACAAUGAUGCUUUGGUGGCGUAUAGGGCUAACGCUAGCUUCCUGCUUACUACUGGCGCAUGCUGAGACUGAAAAAGCUAAGCCAUGUGACGGUGGAGAGUGCGUACCAGUGACAAAGUGUAAAUCCGGCGAGCUUGAAGACCAUGGUGCAUACGUCAUCAGUCUACGGUUGAAUCCCGAGGACGAAUGUAGCUAUUUGGAAACGUGCUGCCCUUACCCAAAGGAUGAGGACGAUGAGUCGCGGGAUGAGUUGGGCGAACUGCUAAAGGCACCAGCAACAGGCAACGGUGCUGGACAAGCGUUCAAUGUGGCUGCCGAGCAAGUGCCUAGCGUUGCAGCGCAAAGAACUAACCUGUUGCCAUCCGGUGGGGCAAACAACGUAAAAUCGGAAAAUCUCAAAGCGGCAACGAACCGGCCUCCGACAGCAUCGGCGACUGGUCCCCAAACAUGCGGUGUGCGCAAUUCGAACGGUGUCCAGUUUCGUAUCACCGACAACAAUGACGGUGAAUCGGAGUACGGUGAGUUCCCGUGGAUGGCGGCCAUCCUUGAGGAGCAAAAGGCACUGGACCAAAUAAUAAACACCUACAUGUGCGGAGGAUCGCUCAUCCAUCCGUCCGUCAUCCUUACGGCGGCACACUGCGUACAGAACAUUACGAUCACCGCGCUCAAAGUGCGGCUUGGCGAGUGGGACACCCGCAGCUGGAAGGAACCAUUCCCGCAUCAGGAUCGUAGGGUGGUGGAGAUCGCUUUCCAUGAGCAAUUUUUCGCACCAGCCGCCCUGAACAACGUGGCAUUGCUGUUCCUGGACAAACCGGUCGAACUGAUGGAGACGGUCAACACGAUCUGCCUGCCCCCGGCGAACUACACCUUCGAUCCGGUGCGCUGCGUCGCAUCCGGCUGGGGCAAGGAUGUGUUUGGCAACGAGGGAAUGUUUCAGGCAAUUCUGAAGAAGGUCGAGCUGCCCCUGAUGCCACGGGGCGCGUGUCAGCGGGCGUUGCGUAUGACGCGCCUCGGAAGGCGGUUUAAGCUGCACGAGAGUUUCCUCUGCGCAGGUGGUGAAAAGGGCCGCGAUACGUGCAAGGGUGACGGUGGAUCUCCGCUCGUCUGCCCCAUUCCUGGCGUGGCAAACGGCUACUAUCAGGCCGGUAUAGUGGCAUGGGGCAUUAACUGUGGCAUAGAAGGUGUACCCGGUGUGUACGUGAAUGUGGCACUGUUCCGUGAAUGGAUCGACGAACAACUGCGGAAACGCAACCUCGCUAUUGAUUACUACCAGUACGGACAGGAAUGAGUACGAUCGCUAGAGUCCGGUUGCAUAGUACCAAGCAUCCGGCUAGCAUAGGAGUGUUAUCAGGAAUAAAAAGAAAAUACUUCCAAAGAA